GGGACCCCUCUCCCCACAACCCCCAGCCCCCGGAGCUUUCCAUGGUGGGCCUGGGCACCUCACGCUGCAGUCUCAGGGAUGAGCCGGAGGCGUUGCCAAAAUCCAGAGUGCAGAGAAAGGAAAGCGGCUUUGGGGAGAAACCCGAUAAGGGGAAGGUUGGGUGGAAAGAGCAGUUUCUGCCUUUGACUUUAUUCCUGCUCUGCAAAAUCAUAGACAGGGCUGAGGGAUAAAAGCUGGAUGCAAGUGCUCGGAGCGGGGAGGGUUGUGCUUUGCUUAGAAACGCCUCCUGCCUAAAGCUCCGCAGCAGGGUCUGUCUGUCCCUUUGCUCGGGUGCUGCCCCCAAAUUCCCGGAGCAGCUCCCGGCCAAAGCAAGGCGGCGAAUGGCUUGGCUUGUGCCUUCUGGCCCCUCCUCCCCAGCCACAUCCUGGGUGGGCACAGUUCCCGGUGCAAACAAACACUGGCCCCAUCCAGAAUGAGUCCUGACACACCAAGGUGACAAUUAAAGCGCUGCUCUUGCGCCACGGGGCGGGCCAUGCUGCCGUGCCGGGGAUUUACAGCCGGGAGAAAAUGCUGUCGUGGGGAGGAAAUAAAACCAAAAGAACCCCACCAAAAGUGGGGUUGCUCAAUCGUUGCCGGGAGCCGUGGCGUGAUUAUCUGGCUACCGUGCGGGGCUGAGCGCCGGCGCCCCGGGUUUGCCCGUUUUGCAAGAUUUAUUGCUGCUUUUAUAAGCAGCCGCCUCCGCAGCGUGUCAGAGUAUGCUGAGAGGCUGAGGAUGAGCCUCAAAUCCCCUUUGCUUCUGACCCUGUGACAUCCCAUUGGGAAAGCUGGCAGCCUGGCAAAACCGACCUUAAAAAAUCAUUUAUUAAUGAAACACCCCCUUCCCCCUCCACGACUUUGGGACUGAGGUGGAAUCAUAGCAGGAGGGCGAGGAGCAUCGCUCGUUUGGGGUCUUGGGGUGGCUGACAGUCUCCUCUCCCCUCCCACAGCCGGGGCCAGCCCCCUCCACGAGUGUGGCGAGCGGCCGGAGGACUGGUGCCGCGACGCGGCCACCGCGGCCAAAUGCGGGGCGCUGGAGCUCUGCCGGCUCACGGCGUGGGACCGGGCGCUGGGGGUAACCGAGCUGGGAGCAGGGAAUGCGGGGGGCUGCGGGAGAGAUACCCGUCUGCCCCAGAACACGGGGAUGGCAGGAGAAUCCCCGCCCGCCCACCCCAGCAUCCCGCAUCCCGCAGCAGCGCGUCUGCAGAGCGGAUGGCAGAAGCCGAUGGGUGCCCCGGGACGUUCACACGGGGUGUUUUUUGGGUGGAGGAUUGGGAUUUGGGGAGGGUCUGGGUGCCGUGACAGCAUCCCGACGUGUCCCCCCUCUGUCUCAGCAGAAGGGGAUCCCCUGUCACCUGUGCCAGGUGGCAGUCUCAGUGGUGGGCAAGAUCCUGCAGGACAACCGCACUGAGGAGAAGCUGAGGCUCUUCUUGGAUAAGAGAUGCCAGUACCUGCCCUUCCAGGACUGGUCUGUCAAGUGCAAGAGGAUGGUGGACACGGGCAUCCUCGUCCUUGUCCAGCUGGGCAAGCAAGUGCUGUCAGAACCGAAGGUGGUGUGUGGGACCAUCAAGUUGUGCCAGCGCCGGAACAGACCCACGGGGACCUUGAAGUAUCAGCAGCCACCAGCAGCUGCCACAGGCCCCACCCAGGACUUUUCUGACCUCAUUGCCCCCUUCAUGGCCAACGUGCCCCUCCUGCUCCAUCCCCAGGAUCUGCCUCACGGCGAGGCCCAGGAGAUGGAGGAGGUGUGCGGGCACUGCCUGCAGCUGGUGACGGCCGUGCAGCAGGAGCUGGGGACCAACACUGCCUUCACCUGGGCGCUGGUGGGCCACGCCAAGAGGGUCUGUGAGACCCUGACACCCGACCUGGCACAGCGGUGCAAGCGCUCCCUGGCUGAGUACGCAGACACGGCUGCCCAGCUGCUGCACUACCUGCAGGCUGAGGCCCCAACGGAGCUGUGUGGCCAUCUGGGACUCUGUGCCUCCAACUCAGCGCUGCCCCUCCACACGCUGCUCACAGAGAGGGUGAUGCAGGUCCUGAGCAUGCUGGGGGACAGGGUGUGGAGCACUCCGCUGUGUGACAUGUGCCAGUUCACCGUGAAGACAGUCGAGAGCCUCCUGGAGAACAACGUGACAGAGGUGAGCCCCACCGCUGCUGGGGGCUGGCACGGGGGGCCAAGGGGCAGCAGGGAGCCGGGGUUUCCCUCUUCCGCCUUGUGCCGGCAGGAGCAGCUGGUGAAUGACAUCGAGAAGGUGUGCUACAUGCUGCCCCACGGCGUCAUCGGGCAGUGCAAGGACUUCGUCAACUCCUACGGCAAGGCCGUGGUGAUCAUGCUGCUGGAGGCCACCGACCCCGCGGCCGUCUGCACCAUGGUGCGCUGCUGCCCCCGCAGCGGGGACACCCGGCACGGGGCUGAAUCCCUGGAGCAGCUGGCGGUGAGCGCUGGCGCCUUCUGCAACGUCUGCCAGAUCCUCGUCACCUACUUCGACAACGAGCUGCUGAAGAACGAGACGCUGGAGGAGCUGGGCGAGGUGCUGGAGAAGGGCUGCGCCAUGCUGCCCAUGCCGCUCACCAGCAAGUGCCAGGCGCUGGUGUUGCAGUACGAGCCGGCGGCCGUGCGGCUCUUCGUGCAGAUGAUGGACCCCACCUUCGUCUGCACUAAAAUCAAAGCCUGUGACUCAGGCAAGGAGGAUCUCCUGGGCUCGGCCCCCUGUGUCUGGGGCCCGCAGUACUGGUGCAAGAACAUGGCCACGGCGGUCGAGUGCAGUGUAAGUGCCGGCCGUGUCCCCUCCCCGGAGCCAGAGGGUGCCGUGCCGGUGGUCCCCACAUCCCACGCCAUCCCUGUCCUUCCUGCAGGCCGUCGCACACUGCCGGCGCCACGUGUGGAACUAGGAGCCAUCUCCCCAGCUGGCUGGACUUGCUCUGCCGUUUGGCUGGGGAUCCUGGCUCCCUUCCCUGGGACGUGCCUGCACUCACAGACGGCAAUGGCAGGAGCCAACCGGCCUCGUCGUGCUGGCGGGGCUGCGGGGAACCCCAGCGGCCUCGGCCGCUUCCUCUUCCACUCCUGGGGCUUGGAUUUCCAAAUCAGGUUAAGGGACUCGUUAAUAUUUUCAGGACUAGGGAUUCAGCCUUGACGUCUCUCAGGGUGACUGCAAAAUCCCCAACCUCUAUUCCCACCUCUAUCUCCAUUCCCAAUCCCUUCUCUACCUCUCCAUCCCACCCUGAACCACUCGUAUGGCUCAGAUCCUGCAAUGUGGAUCUGUCCCCGUGGGCUGGGCUGGGUUCUGCUGCCCAAAUGCUGGCCCCCCACUGCUGGCUGGCGGCGGCCUCACCUGAACAUAAAAUGAAUGAGUUUGGGUGCCAGGAUUUCCUUUCACACGCCCAUCCCUGCUGGGGGUCCUGUGCUGACCCAGCCGUGGUGGUGAGGGCAGCGGGGUGCUGGCUCGUCCCUCCCCGCCGUGUCGGGGGGAUGCCCGCAGUGCCUGAUCCUGGGCGUGCAUGGGAGCAUCCCACCACAAAUAAAUUUUUCCCGUGA